GUUUCUUUGGAAUGCUGAGAAGUUUGACUUUGUCAUCCAUCUUUAAUCUCCAUUUCACUUAUCAUGAUGAUGAUGAUGAUGAUGAUGAUGAUGAUGGUUUCUUAGCUGUCACAAAUAGUCUGCAGGAUAUCAAGUCCACCAUCUGAACAGUGUUUUUGUGUGUGGGAUUAAGAACCAGUGGCACCAUCUUUCCAGCACCACCGGUUGCCUUAUUAGACCCCUUUUAGUUGAAUGUUUAGUUACUAGACGACCCCUAAGAAAGCACUCGUUCAAGCUGAUGUGAAGACUGCAUGAAAGAGGAAUAAAAUCCUUCUUUGUGGCAGGAGUCAAAGGAAGUCUCAGAGGAAAAUAUGCUGGAGCAGAUGAACACAGAUGGCGUGCGAGGAAAAGUAGAGCCUUGCAGGUGGCACUCGGACCAGGAUCCUGGUGAAAAGAGCAGAAAGACUGACUACAUGAUAGAAAAACUGGAGAUGCAAUCCAUGGUGAUGAAGGAGCAAAAUAAGGAACUGACCGCAGAAGUUCAGAUCCUCCAGGAGCAAAAAGAGAAGGACCAGAUACGCUUGAAUAGGUUCAGUCUUGCUCUUCAAAAUCUUGAGUAUGGAAUAGAAGCAGCUCAGAUAGGACUGCAGCAAAGGGAUGAGGUUAUUCAACAGAACAAGCUGCAGUUAAAGCAAGCAGAGGAAACAGUAGAGGAGUACGCUAAUAUCAUCAAGGAUCUUCGGCUGACCAACCAGGAGCUGAAGAGUCAGUUGGAGGACAGAGAGGAUGAGGCUUCACUCGACACACUUAACGACUUGUUGGGCGACAAGGAGGCGUCACAUGUCCCCGCCAUGUCUCUGGCAGAGGAGAUUAGGCUUCUGGCCUCCACAGCGGGCAUGAAAAGCAUGUUGGUACCCUCCAAGGAUUCAAGUCAUGAGGACAGUGAGCCCGAGGAAGCCAGCAGUCUUCUAGUCAAGCCUCCAACCAGCAAGUGUACGCAGGCCAAGACGUCCAGCAGCCACAAAGUGGUAGUGCUCUGCAUGCUGCUGCUCGUGGCCAUCUUGCUCAGCCUGGCUGCAGGGAGCCAUGCAGACUUUGUCUCCAUCAGCGAGCUGUGGAGGCGCUUAUGUCUGACAUUAGAGCCUUACUUUAAUGUGCACUAUGGAGCCUUGCCUCCUGUCUGACCCAAGCACUUGUCUAUGUAUGUCAAGUCCACUUCCUAUCACACUUCAUUGUAUUGUGUGGGGAAAAAUACAUUUUGUUUGUGGCAUUUGUUUUUGUUUGUUUUAACACCUCAUCCUCAAGGUAAGAUGCUUUCCAAUUGCAAGCUUCCACAGUCUGCUGGGACACCUUGUCGUCUUGUGGAAUGCAACUGUGUCUCCUCCUCCCCGCCCUGCAGCGACCCCGAAAGGGACAAGUGGUAGAAAAUGGCUAGAUCAGGUGUCGGGAACCUUUUUGGCUGAGAAAUGAAGGCCACAUUUUUAGGGCCCGCAUGGCCCAUUGCAUAAGGACUCCCUGUGGGAGUCCUUAUGCAAUGGGACAUAAGGACCUAUUGAAUUUGUAAGGUUUUAUUCUUUAUUCUUUAUUCUUCCGCCGCCACAUUAAACUGUAAUUUGACCCACUUAACAUGCUUCAAAACUCACCAUAUUUGACCCACACAUCAGGACCUGCGAAAAUUGCCUUUUUAAAAAAAAACCGAACCACAAAACUCAAAAUUGCGCUCUAGCGCCCCCUAGG